AUGAAGAAAAUUAGUUAAUAGAUGUUAUCAUUAAUGAACAAAAAUAACUAACUAGAUUAACCAUAACCUAAUGACCUAAAAAAAAAUAAAAGUAAACCUAAGACUGCAAACACAGAGAGAACUCAAUCCAAAACUUAGAAAAAUGAUUUACUUGAGUAUUUCAAGAAAGAGAGGAACACUUUAACUUAACUAGUAAACUCUUCUAAGAUCAAUUUAUAGGGAAGCAAAAGCAUUGAUAAUUUAUAGCAAAAAUGCUAAAAGAGCGAACCUUUAAAAAAUGGCUAAUUUAAUGUAUGUUCAAAUAUAUCCCUAUUUAGGCUGACACACGUAUUUAAACUGAUGAAGGGAAUAGUACCAAAAGAUAGAUCUUAAAAUAAAAAAACUUAUCAUUAGCUACCAUUUCAUUAGAUGCAUAAAGUAUUGAUAAAAUGUUGAAAAAUUAAUUAUCAAAGUAGCCACAGACGACAAAGUAAUCUUACAACCAAUCUCCUUAAAAUUAAAUUAAAUCACCUGCUAAGACUUAAAAAGAUUAAUUGUUAUUUGACAUGCAUUUAGUAUCUAAUAAUAAAUAUGUAAUCUAGUUAAAAAACACAGUAUGCAAUAAUGAGUAUCAGAAUUAUUUAAAUCUAAAAUUGAAUAAAUAAUCUAUUUAAUCCAACAACUCAUUAAAUCAUAGAUAGUCAAUUGAAGAUAUGCUUUAAUGUUAAAAAAUACUCAAAGGCUCUUAAUAAUGUUAAACAGGGAAAAACAAAAAGACUGAAAGUGAAUCCAAGUCAACCAAUUUAAGCCAAAUUAAAACUGAAUAUUCUUCUGCUUCUAAUUAAUAAUUUUUAAAAUAAAAGAGCAAAGAAGAAACAACUUCAUAUGAUCCAAACAAAUAAAUACUCAUUAUUCUCUAUUAUAAAUAAUAAAAGUAAGAUAUGUAGUAAAAUCAAUAGAUACACUUAUUCGUAUGAAUUUUUAAAUUAAACUACUGAUAAUUUGUUCAAUUAUUUGAUCCAAUAAAUAGCAUGUAUAGAGAGGUCAUUUACAAAACUUGGAAGUGGAACUGGCUCAACUGAAGGAGAUUAAAUAUAAUAAGGUAUAUACAAGAUACUAUAUAUUUUAGAAUUAAAUAAAAUAUGUCAAUUUUAAACAAUAUCAAAGAAUAUUCCUUAUGAUUACUAUUUAACAAUCUCUGGAUAAACAUUGGACGUUUUCAAAGGCAAAACGUUGCAGAUUCAGCCAUUAUACUCAUAACCAAUAACAACAAAAAGAGUUGGAUUGAAGGACUUUACAUUAGUUAAAUGUAUAGGUGUUGGAGGAUUUUCGAGAGUUUAUAUGGUAAGAAAGAGAGACAACGGUAAGUUUUAUGCCUUGAAACUAAUUGAUAAGAAAUUCAUAUUAGACAAUCAAAAGGAGAUCAUCGUACAAAAUGAAAGAGACAUUAUGGUUAGGAUGGAGAAUUAAUUUGUUACUCCAUUGCAGUAUGCCUUUGAGACUAAAUAUUACAUUGCAUUUGUUCUAGAUUAUUGUGCUGGAGGUGAGUUGUUUUAUCAUCUACGCAAAUUGAAAAGAUUGAAUGAAUAAGAUGCUAAAUUCUAUUUUGUAGAGAUUUGCAUUGGUAUGGCUUAUCUUCAUUCCUAAAAUAUUGUUUAUCGAGACAUAAAGCCAGAAAACAUUCUGUUAGACUUAUAAGGUCACUUACUUCUAAGUGAUUUCGGUUUAUCAAAGCCUGAUAUGACACCAGAUGAUUUUGCUUAUUCGUUUUGUGGAUCUCCAGAAUAUAUGGCUCCAGAAAUGCUGAUGAAAACUGGUCAUAAUUAUUUAGUGGAUUGCUAUUGCUUAGGUGCCUUGCUUUACGAAUUAGUUACAGGAUUGCCUCCAUUUUAUUCUCAUAAUACUCAGGAAAUUUAUAAUUCUAUUUUGACUGAAAAUAUAGAAUUUCCUUAAUAUGUUCAAAUAUCACCUGUUUUAAAGGAUCUUAUAUUGUAACUGCUUUAAAAAGACCCUACAGAAAGAUUGGGUUAGAAUGGUGGCGUUGUUGAGAUUUUAACCCACAAAUGGUUUUAAGAUGUUGAUUUUGAAGCAAUUGCAAAUAAAAAAUUGAAAACUCCCUACAGACCAGAACCUCUUAAAUAUAAUUUUGAUGAGGAGGAAUUUAGUAAAGGAGAUUCUGAAUUUAGGAAGCAAUACUAAACCAAUAUGCAAAAAGAAUUCCAAGUAUUGAAUUAUAAUUAUUUAGAAUGUUGACACAGCAAACUAUGUAUUGAAAAACUUUUAUUAUUCUCGAGAAUCGUAGGUUGGACUUGAUAAAACUAAAAGAACCAAGGAGGUCAAUCUAAAUCAAAUAUAAAAUUAAGCAAUUCCUACUUAAUCAUCAUCUCCUUCCAAAGUUCAACUAUAAUCAAAGGGAGAAAAGCAUUCUCAUUAGGUUGUUGCUUCUCCUUAAGAGGGAAAAAGAAUUAAUAGACAAGCAGGAAAAAGUGAAGUUUAUGAUUACUUUAAAAAGCAUGAUUUGUGUGCAAAGUAGUCUCAGUUACUAUAUUAAUCUACAAAAUUAGGUCAUUCCUAUUCAAAAACAAUGCAAUAAGCCCAAAGUUCUUUAUAAGAUUUGAAGGUAAAUGAUUAAGAAUAUGAUUUUAGCAAUUUAAAUUAUUUGUUGAUUAAUCAAAAGCGUUGUUAUGUACAGAUAGAACUAAUACCAUGCCAGAUUAAAACCUUAAAAAUUUUACAGAGAGACUAAAAACUGAACAAUUUGGAAAUCUAUCAUCUCCUAAAACCAUUACUCAUAGUUCUAUGAACAAAUUGACAAAUUUUUCCAAACUAUUUACAUCUGAGAAAUAAAAAUAAUGA